AGCGAUCCAAGUCCAAGAUUUACCAGAGAGUUGAAUAAAAACCUAGAGAGUGAAGUGUUGAACACCCAAGGCACCGAUGAAGCUCGCAGGACUCAAAUCAAUCGACGACGCUCACGACGAGUCGGUAUGGGCCAUCACCUGGGUUCCGGCGACCGAAGCCCGACCCGCUUUGUUGUUAACCGGGUCACUCGACGAGACCGUUCGGCUAUGGCAACCGGACGAGCUGGUGAACCGGGGAAAGAUGACCGGACACUGCCUCGGCGUGGCUUCCGUGGCGGCUCACCCCUUGGGCUUCAUCGCCGCCUCUGCUUCGCUUGAUAGCUUCGUUAGGAUCUUCGACGUUGACUCCAACACCACCAUCGCCAGUUUCGAGGCGCCGCCCUCCGAAGUCUGGCAAUUACGCUUCAAUCCCCAGGGUACCAUGCUAGCCGCGGCCGGUGGUGGCAGUGCCUCAGUAAAGGUCUGGGACACCAGCACGUGGAACCUGGUUGCCACAUUGUCGAUUCCUCGCCCAGAAGGAACCAAGCCUGCUGACAAAAGCAGCAGCAAGAAGUUUGUGCUAUCGGUUGCCUGGAGUCCUGAUGGGAGACGCAUAGCUUGUGGCUCCAUGGAUGGAACCGUUUCUGUUUUCGACACAGAUCGCGGCAAGUUCCUGCACCACCUGGAAGGCCACUGCAUGCCCGUGAGGUCUCUUGUGUUUUCCCCUGUUGAACCGCGGUUACUCUUCACUGGCUCGGACGAUCAACAUGUGCACAUGUAUGAUGCUGAGGGGAAAACCCAGGUUGGGUCCAUGUCAGGGCAUAACGGCUGGGUCUUGAGUGUUGAUGCAAGCACAGAUGGGGCAGCCCUUGCAACUGGUUCGAGUGAUAGAACUGUGAAGCUGUGGGAUAUUGGCAUGAAGGCAGCUGUGCAAACAAUGAGCAACCAUAAUGACCAAGUCUGGGGAGUGGCCUUUCGACCUGGAGGUAUGCCUGGCAGACUUGCUAGUGUCUCUGAUGACAAGAGCAUAUCACUGUAUGACUACUCUUGAAGGGUUGCUUGGGGGAGGGGAAAUAGGACUUUGGAAAUUUGCGUUUGUUGCAACUCACUGAUAUUGGUGGUCUUUAUCAGAUUGUCAUCAUGACAUUGGUUUGUUUGACACCUUUCUCUGAUAUGUUUGUAUAUGUUUGUACUACUAUAUACAAACAAAAAAGCCUAGGGAGAGAGCACUCCUUGUCUUACCAUCGUAUUUGUGAAACUGAACCCUUUGAAAAUGACCUUUGCUAAUUUGUAUUAUUAGGCUCUUAGCAUAACAGGUAAUGGUCAUUUUUCAAGUUGAGUCGUUUGUUCCAAAUUUGUUAUUC